AUGCUAGUUCUUGUAGUCGGCGCGUCUGGCAACAUUGGCCAGUGGCUCAUCGACAGCCUCGCAUCCCGAGGCCACCGCAUCCGUAUCCUCGCCCGCAAUCCCUCACGGAUCAACAGCGCCCGACUCAAACACGUCGAAAGCACUGUUCAAAGCACCAGCUACUACGACAUCGAAGCUCUCGACCGAGCCUGUGCCGGAGUCGACGCAAUAAUCAACGCGUACAGUGGAAUCCCCGAGCUGCAACUUGAAGGACAACUUCUCCUAAUUCGUGCCGCCGAGAGAGCAGGUGUGAAACGCUUCGUUGCGGCGGCCUGGAACUAUGACUGGAGCGAGAUGCCGCUGGGUAUGCAUGAGAGCUAUGACGCGUACAUUGCGCUUUGUAACCACGCCGAUAUGACAUCGAGCAUCAAGCCCAUUUAUAUCCUCAGCGGUGUUUUAGCAGAAACUUUCUUUGCUGUGCCUGGUCACGGUGACUUUUCGCCUAAGAAUAACGGGUGUUGGGACCCGGAAGCGAAGAGGUUGGAGAUCUGGGGAACGGGGGACGAGCCAUGGCACUGGACGACGGAGAAAGACGCAGCGGAAUUCGCUGUUCACAUUGUUGAGCGAAACGAUGCAGCGGAUGGAGGUUUCUGGAGAGUUUGUUCUGGGGUCAACACGUUGAGGGAGAUUGCUGUGACUUAUGAGAAGGUCAAGAAAUGUAAAGUCGAUGUCGAGGUUAUGGGCACAGUAUCGGACUUGCGAAAGAAUGCUUUAGAGGCUAGACGACAGGGUUCUAGGAAGAAUUUCUGGUCUUACAUCGGUUGGUUCUACCAACUUUAUACAAUUGACGGGACGUGGACUUUGAAAACACUGGAUAAUAAUAAGUUGGAUGUGAAGACUACUAGUUUGGAGGAUUUCCUGCGGGACAAUACCUCAGUUUGA